AAAUUAGUGUUGUGCAAAAAAAUAUAGAAACGUGCGAAAGUAUUGUUAAAUUAUUGAAAAUUCGUUAUUUUUGUAUCUUUCAGGUAACCGCAUAGAAGUGGAUGCGUAUAAAGAAUCUUUCGAUUUUGAAAUUAUCAAGUUCUCAGCUUCAUUGUUAAAUUUGCAAUUACACAUACCACAACAACAACAACAACAACACACGAACAGCAAUGGCAUUUAGUGGACACAUGAAUUCCGAUGGGGAAAUCGUUUUAAGUGAUGAAAUUUAUACUGGACGCACUCGCAUUUGCAGCAUAUCAACGCCAUCAGAGCCAUCAGAGCAAUCGGAGCACUCGGAGCACUCAGAGCAAUCGGGGCUAGAUACCCUGGAAUAUAUGGAUUCGCGACGAUGGGAGCCCUCCAACCUGGAAGGCACAUCGAAUUUGUUAUAUAAAGAUCAGGGGGAAUCCUCCUCAUCAUCAUCGUCAACGCCGCUCUCAUUGCCGCCAGCAAAUGGUAGCACGUAUACCCAUAGCAAAGCGGAUACCAAUUCUCUGUAUAGCUACACAAACGUGUACGGUUCUCUCAAGCAGAUGGAGAAACCGAGCAAUAGGGUACCCUCGCUGGGCCUAAGCUCAAAGAGCAGCAUGCUCGACUAUAUGCGUGAGUUGGAUGGUCUUAAAUUGGAUCGUCAGCCGCAGGUGGCCUACGAGACCUGGUACGCCUCCAAGCAGAGGCUGCGCCAACAGGAGCUGCAGCGCCAAAAGGAGGAACGUGAACAUGAAAUUGAGAAGCACGAGUUACGCAAGCAGCUGGCCAAGCUUUCCUACGAUCAAUGGCUGCGGGAUAAGGCGCGGCAGGCGGCGCAACGUCGAAUGGAAAAUCAUAUGCAGCGUGCGGCCCUGCAGGCAGCAGCCAGCUCUGUGGCAAACAGAGCCAAGGCGAGCAACAAGCCGGUGCGCAAUGUGCCCCAGGCCGAGAUCAGUCAGGUAGUGCAGAGCUGGUGGCUCAAGAAGCAGGAGCAACAGCAGCGCCAGCGUCAGGAGCAACAGCAUCAUCUCCUUAAAAAGGCACGAGAGGAGCAGCGUCGCAAACAGUUGGCUGAGAAGGCCUGGCAGAAUUGGAUGAGCAAUGUCUAUGGCAAACCGAAGCCAGUGCCCAUGAAUCAGGGCAUGGAUUCGCUGCGUGGCACCGUUUCCGAAAUAUAUUUAAACCCGGCCCCCUGGCAGUCGAUCAAGAAGCCACCGAAUGAGUUAUAAUAUUGCAUAAGUGAAUUCAGUCAAAUGUUGAUAUUGUAUAUGUGAAUCUAUGGAGUAGUAAUUGAAUUGUUGUAGUUUCAGUUUCUAUCACAAUACAGCCGUAAAUAUAUAAA